GGGUCCGGCGAUGCCCCAAAGCCCGGGGAGCUGAGUCAGCAUCGCCGCAGCCCCACUGACCCAGGCGCGAUCCCAGCUGCUCCCGCCCUCCGGCUCCGCCGCGCCGGGAAAAGGAGACCACCCGAGCCAUGGCUGAGAGGAAGCAGAACGGGCGGCAGGGCGAGGAGGAAGAGGUGCCAGCCUUCUUCAAAAACCUGGGCUCGGGCAGCCCCAAGCCCCGGCAGAAAUUCUGUGGCAUGUUCUGCCCGGUGGAAGGUUCCCUGGAGAACAAGACCAUCGACUUCGACUCGCUCUCGGUGGGCCGAGGAUCCAACAAAGUCGUGGCAAAGCAGAAGGAUGUUGCCCACCUGGGUCCGGAUGCUCCGUCCGUGUAUUCCAGGCAGAGCGGGAAGGGAGGGGAACCAUCUGUUGAUUUCGGGAGAAAGGUGGAGAUCAGGAGUGCCACGGGGAAGGAGGCGCUGCAGAACCUGAAUGACAAGAGUGAUCGUCUCUUGAUCAAAGGUGGUAAAAUAGUUAAUGACGACCAGUCUUUUUAUGCAGACAUUUACAUGGAGGAUGGGUUGAUAAAGCAAAUCGGGGAGAACCUGAUUGUGCCCGGGGGGGUGAAGACCAUCGAGGCCCACGGCAGGAUGGUGAUUCCCGGGGGGAUCGAUGUCCACACCCGCUUCCAGAUGCCGGAGCAGGGCAUGACAUCUGCUGAUGACUUCUUCCAAGGGACCAAGGCUGCCCUGGCUGGAGGCACCACCAUGAUCAUUGACCACGUGGUUCCCGAGCCAGGGACCAGUUUGCUGACAGCAUUUGACCAGUGGAGAGAAUGGGCAGACAGCAAAUCCUGCUGUGACUACUCCCUGCACGUGGAUAUCACUGAGUGGCAUAAAGGUGUCCAGGAGGAGAUGGAAGCUCUGGUUAAAGAUCAUGGUGUGAACUCCUUCUUGGUGUACAUGGCUUUCAAAGAUCGCUUCCAGCUCAGUGACUCUCAGAUCUACGAGGUCCUGAGUGUGAUCCGGGAUAUUGGCGCGACAGCCCAAGUGCACGCCGAGAACGGUGACAUCAUUGCCGAGGAGCAGCAAAGGAUCCUGGAACUGGGAAUCACAGGCCCUGAAGGGCACGUGCUGAGCAGACCUGAGGAGGUGGAGGCAGAGGCUGUGAACAGGGCAAUAACCAUCGCCAACCAGACCAACUGCCCCCUCUACAUCACCAAGGUGAUGAGCAAAAGCGCCGCUGAUGUCAUUGCUCAGGCCAGGAAAAAGGGCACUGUGGUGUAUGGAGAGCCCAUCACAGCCAGCUUGGGGACUGAUGGAUCCCAUUACUGGAGCAAGAACUGGGCAAAGGCAGCAGCUUUUGUUACAUCCCCACCACUGAGUCCUGACCCAACCACUCCUGAUUUUCUCAACUCAUUACUGUCCUGUGGAGACCUCCAAGUGACUGGCAGUGCCCACUGCACCUUCAACACUGCUCAGAAAGCUGUUGGGAAGGACAACUUCACCCUGAUCCCUGAGGGAACCAAUGGGACUGAAGAGAGGAUGUCCAUCAUCUGGGAUAAGGCUGUGGUGACUGGCAAGAUGGAUGAGAACCAGUUUGUGGCUGUGACCAGCACAAACGCAGCCAAAAUCUUCAACCUGUACCCGCGGAAGGGCCGCAUCGCCGUGGGCUCCGACGCAGACCUGGUCAUCUGGGACCCCGACAGUGUCAAGACAAUCUCUGCCAAGACCCACAACAUAUCCCUGGAGUACAACAUCUUCGAGGGCAUGGAGUGCCGUGGCUCUCCCCUGGUGGUCAUCAGCCAGGGCAAGAUCGUGCUGGAGGACGGCAACCUGCACGUCACCGAGGGCUCGGGGCGGUACAUCCCCAGGAAACCCUUCCCAGACUUCGUGUACAAGCGCAUCAAAGCCCGGAGCAGGCUGGCUGAGCUCAGGGGUGUCCCCCGAGGCCUCUACGACGGCCCCGUGUGCGAAGUGUCGGUGACACCGAAGACGGUGACGCCGGCGUCCUCAGCCAAGACCUCCCCUGCCAAACAGCAGGCACCCCCCGUGAGGAACCUGCACCAGUCUGGGUUCAGCUUGUCUGGGGCACAGAUCGACGACAACAUCCCGCGCCGCACGACCCAGCGCAUCGUGGCACCGCCGGGCGGACGUGCCAACAUCACCAGCUUGGGCUAAGGACCCUCCCCUCCUGUGCCCACCAGGCAAACCAGGGGGCCAGGGCACCUGGAGACCCUUCUUGAUUCUUUUAGAGCCUGUGACAGUUACUGCGGGCAACCAGUGAGGGGGGGCUGAAGUAAAAGCGCCUCUUUCAUUCCCCUCAGAUUUCCCUCCUCAUCUUCACCGACCCCCUCUCACUUCCCCCCUUACACAUUUAAAGAAAUAAACCCUGUUUUGGCACCUCUGACAUGCAAGAGUAAAUGUAAAGAGGGUAUUUGAGAUAUGUGGCCUCUGUCCCAUUCAGCAUCUUUCUUUUAAUAAAGGAAGGAUAAAGUGAAUUUCCCGGGAGCUGCCUUUAAGACACACACACACAAAAGAAAAAAAAAGAAAAGAAUAAAGAAAUAAUAAAUGUAAAAAAAAAAAAAAAAGCUUUUUUUUUUUUUUUUUUUUUUUAAAAAAAUGUCAAGCAGAAGAGUAGUUCAAGGGUUUUAAACUGGAUAUUCUGUAGGGUUCUGUGUUCCAGCAGGAUAGUCAGGCAAGCACAGAGGGACACGGAUCCCAGGCCUGCCCGUGGCUGUUCCCAGCACCACCUUUGAGGUCACUGGAGAGCUGUUGCUGCCAGGAGAGAGGAACAGGACCCAGCACUAGGAAUUCACAGAGAACAUCACCCCGGCCACUGGGUGAGCCACAAUCCUUGGGGACUUCUGUUGGGUUCCUUUGUUUCCUUGGUUUCUUUUUUCUUCUGGAUUUUGCUGCAACUUGGGUCCUUGAGGCAACUCGUGGUGGUUUUUUUUUUCUGUGCCGUUUGUGUGUGUGUGUUUUUAACACGUUUGUACCAUUGUGUUUACGAAGCCUUAUCUGAGAACUGGGAAUGAUCUCCCUGUUCUUCCUGAACCUCAUCCAAGUCACAGACUCCCGCCAGUGUCACUGCCACUGCCACCCUGGUCCUUCAGGUGUCCCUUGGUUGCCUCAUUCCAGCCAUCGCUUGCCACGUAGCUGCAAUAGGUCGUGGAGCAGGUCCACGAGCUCUGAUCUUCACCUCAGCCCACCAGGUCUUGAGCUGGUGCAAACAGAGGAGCUGGACACCACCUGAGCUGCUGGGAUGGAGCGUUUGGAGAAGUUUUUAGCAGUGAGUUUGUCUCUCGGUGCUGGAGGUGGAUCUCCACGAGCAGGGGGCUGUGGGCAAAGAGCAACGGGCUGGUUGAAAGGUUUCCGUGGCAGAAACCCCCUCCCUGGCCAUCAGUGAGAGGUUAUUUAAAGCUUUGUGAGAGCUUAUCUUUAGCUCCCAUCCAAAGAGUGGUCAGGGGGGGUUGCCUGAGCAUCUGUGGCAAUUCCAGUCGGGGAGCAGAGGCCCAGCUGUUGGAACUGGGAGCCCCGGAGCAGCUCGCUGGGCCCACAGCAGCUGAGAAUCUCCUGGACGUGGGGUGAGUGUCCCAGCCUCUCAUUCCUGCAGGAAUCUGUGCACAUAUCCAUGGGAAGGCCUGGCUGUUCCCCACCCUUUGCAGAUUCCUCAGAUGCGAGCGACCAUCAGUGGUCCUUAAACGAAGGGAGGAGCCCCAGCUUUUUGGGGCAGGCAGGGGGAUCUGGGCCUUAAACCAUCCCCUGGGGCUGAAGGUCUUUUAGCCCUGGGACUGGAGGCUUGUUUUCAGGACAUGGAGGGUAAAUCUGCACCAUCAGAUUCCCAUUUUUCCCCAGCUGGAGGGCUCUGAGCACAGGGAGCUUUGCCACCCCCGUUACCUCCACUCUCUGCCUGCCCUGGCACUUGGCUGCAUCUUCUGCUUUUCUCUUCUCUUUGUACUUUGCCACCUGCAUUGUUUUUUCAUAGCUGUGAGUGUUUUCUUAAGUGGUGUUUACAGGUUCUUUUAGGAAGAAGAAAAGCUGUAUGAAGGCUUUUAAACAAAUACCAAAUUUGUUGUCAUGAAGUAUCAAAGCUGGGAUUUGCAAAGGAUCUGGAAGCUCCUUAGGUACCCAAACCCUCCCAGCUGCAGCACCUGAUUCCUUUAGACCCCUCUGAACACAAAAGUUAAGAAAAACUUUGCCAUUAUUCCUCCCUGCAUUUUGCAUUUAGGUUCAACUCUUGGGUCUUUUUAGUUUUGCAUAAGGAGUUUGCACUUUGUUUGUUAAGUAAUCCGUGAACUUAAUAUAUAUUGCAGCUAUUUUUUUUUUUUGGUUAAUUUUUUUUCUUUUUUUUUUGUCACCUGUAUGUUAAAAAUCAAUUUGAAACGAGUUGGGGAGAAAAAAAAAAAAAGAAUUGCAGUUUCAAUUCUACGAAACACUUGCGGCUCUUCAGUAUUCACUUAAGUCUUCCUUGUUUGUUUUUUUUUUUUUCCUUCACUGACUCACGAUGACUUUUUAAGUUUUAAAUUUGUUCUUGAAAGGAAAAAAAAAAAAUCACAAAAAAAAGAAAAAAAAAAGGUUUUUGCAGGCUAUGUAAGCAUGUUUUUUCCUGUGAGAGCUCGUCUGCUUUGUGUCUGUUUUAAUGAAUGUCAUUAUGUAAAUGCUUAAGAGAAAAAUGACAAAAAAAAAGAGCAAAAAAAAGAUGAUGGCUUAAUUAAUUAAUUAAUGAAUUAACCGCAGUGACUUGAAGCUCUAAAAAUAAAAUUACAAAAAAAAAAAAAGAAAAUAACAAAAAAAAAAAAGGUAGGAUUUAAUACUAGCUGGAUUUAACCCUUGGAUUUGUGAUUGUGAACCAUGAGUGGAGGAGCUGUAAGUGCUAAAGCUGAUCAUGUGUGUAGACCAAGAGAAGUCCUGACAUUUGACCAUUGUCUCAAUGGCAAAAACACCCCACCCCCAACCCCAAGUCUUGUGUUUUAUUCCUGAAGAACUCCGUGUUAUAUUACCAUGGGAACUCCUAAUAAAGACAAAAUGUUGUUGUUUCA